AUGAUCGGCAAGUUCUUGAAUGAAAUAGAGGCCGGUCUCGACAACGACGAUGUUCCCACGAUGAGCGCACUGGCGACCAGCGUAUGGGGAAUGGUGGAGCUUCUUGGGUCUUCUCAUCCUGAGCAAGUACGUGCAGUUGUUAGUAAGGCAGUCGACUACCUAUCGAUGCAUCAGUUCGCGGAAUUGCAAGUUACCGGCAUCCUCAUGGUUUUACAGACGAUCGCGCAGUGCAAGAAGUUGCGGAUCAAAUUAGAAUAUGCAGAAGAUUUCUGGAGUCACAUCGCAGGCCGACUCUACCAAACCGGUGUCGAUGGGGCUUCACUUGCCUUGCUCAUCAAAGCCCUACAGCGUCUUUCGGAUGCCCCAUCAAAUGUGUGGGGUGACCUAAUAUCCCUUACUGUCCUCAACAACAGCGUGCAUGAGCUCAGUCCUGGUGGGCUCGCAAGCUCUCUCAGGGCGAUGGUUGUGCCUGUAAGGUACGCAACGACCGUGGACACGACCGCCUUGGCUAACUUGGUUUUCGAGUACAUCGAGAAGGAGCCCGAGGGGCGCAUCGGCCCUGCUCACAUAGUGGACAUAUGCUGGAGUGUUUCCAUCCGGUCUCACGUUCUGCCCGAGCCUAUUCUCGGCGACUUGGUAUCUCUCGCUGCGGCAAUCGCACAGGGUUGCGGCACCGUGCGAGACAUCACGAUCGGCCGCCUCUCUGAGGUCCUUGCACG